AUGAGCCCUUCCAAGCAACGACAUCGCAGCUCCACCGGCGAUAACAAGUCAAAAUCGGUCAGAUCCGGUUCCUCCUCCGCCGUACCGGAAUGGAUUACCGAAACUACCAACGGUGGAUCUCUCCGCCGCGUAGAUCCCGACACUGGUACCGACGGCUGGGCUUCUCCUCCCGGCGACGUGUUCUCUCUCCGCUCCGAUUCUUACUUGUCCAAAAAACACAAAUCCCCCGCCGGUGAUUACCUCCUCUCUCCCGCCGGCAUGGACUGGCUCAGAUCAACUAGUAAACUCGAGAACGUGCUCGCUCGUCCCGAUAAUCGUGUGGCUCACGCGCUUAAGAAAGCUCAAUCUCGCGGCCAAUCUCUAAAGAGCUUUAUCUUCGCCGUGAAUCUCCAGAUUCCAGGGAAGGACCACCACAGCGCAGUGUUCUACUUCGCGACGGAGGAACCGAUCCCCUCCGACUCGCUUCUCCACCGGUUCAUCAACGGCGACGACUCGUUCCGGAACCAGAGAUUCAAAAUCGUGAACCGGAUCGUGAAAGGUCCCUGGGUAGUGAAAGCCGCGGUUGGGAACUAUGGCGCGUGCCUUCUAGGCAAGGCCCUGACGUGCAAUUACCACAGAGGUCCUAAUUACUUUGAGAUCGAUGUCGACAUUUGCAGCUCGGCGAUCGCAACGGCGAUUCUCCGGCUGGCGUUAGGGUACGUGACGAGCGUGACGAUCGACAUGGGGUUCCUUGCGGAGGCACAGACAGAGGAAGAGCUGCCGGAGAGGUUAAUCGGAGCUGUCAGAGUUUGUCAAAUGGAGAUGUCGUCGGCGUUUGUGGUCGACGCUCCACCGCCGCAGCAGCUGCCAUCGCAACCGUGCAGAACGUUGAGUUCGGCGAAAGUUAACCACGACGAGGACGAGGAUUGA